CGUACCUCUGCCUUCACAAUGCCUCCGUUCUUCCGUCGUCAGUUCGAAAAGACCCUUUUCCACCACCACAUGUGCUCGAGCGUCAUUGGAUGACAGCGAGGAUUUUGAUGAUGCUGAGGAAGGCGAUUUAUUCGGUGACGAUUCCGGUGAUACAUCUCGUCAACUGGACAACUUGAUUCGAGGAAGACGUGGUGGUAAGGUCAAAACAAAGGCAGUAUCGGUUAAAGAUGCCCUACGUGCGAAAGAGAGGGAAUCGAGGGAGCGAGAAGCAAGAGAGAAACGUACUCGCCAGCUGUUGAACCCUAAAUUUUUCGAGAGAGCCCAGAGAGUUAACUCCAAGUUUUCUUCUGUCGUGUCCACUACUUGUGAACUGGAGUCUGCAAUUCGCAAUCUGAAGCAUUCGAUACCCAGGGCAAAGGUAUAUUAUAUAGGCGUGACGUUGCUUCGUUGUCAACACUAACUUGUCUCCAGGCGAUCGACGGAAUUGGUGUGAAAGUACUUUCCCUUCCUUCCGUCGAUGAGUUAACAUCGGAGUACUAUGUCCUAAAAUAUUCGGGCUUCGAUGCUGAGAUAGCACAAUUGGCCGAGGCAUACCGAUCAUUGAGCGACGAGUAUAUGUUACUGAAAUAUAGGCGAUUCGAACGCGUCGUGUCUCGACUAUGUGCAUCAAUACGUGCAAGCAAACGCGAGAUUUGGAUUUUAAGACGCACAAUACUUUGGCGCAAAGUUCACUUGUGGAUAGAAGCGACUUCGAAUAUAGUGCACGAACUUGAUAUCGAGUUUACCAGACCUCGAGUUUCCGCCAGAAGGAAAAUUAAUCGUCUGCUAGAUUUGGACAUCAAGAUCCAACAAGAUUACACUGAAUUGAAGAAGAAAACGGAUAAUGUGUAUAUGGGCCUCUCAGGCUUGGGGAAAAUCAUUCUGGACAUAAGCAUAAUGGAUGGAAUGCCGCCUCUCCGUGCAGGGAACUACCGGAAGCGACAUGCCGAAAUUGCGGAUAUGACCCUCGAUUUUGAGGCUGCCGCUCAUUCAUUCCGCACCUUUUUCCGUCUCAGGUCAACAUACGAGAGGCCAGUUUCUGGUGCCCUCGGUUUGGAUUCCUUUAAGGGCUACCUAAUGCGUCGCUCUCCUUACCGCCGAAUAGCAGACAGCAUUAUGAACAAUUUAGCAUUUUCAAGGAAAGCUGACGUCGGACCAGACCCAGUGGCUCUUAUCAGUGGGGACUUUCGUGGAUUCUACAUGCAGGAUUCUCGGGAAGCACAGUCUUGCAGGAGUUCAGAAUUGGAUAUACGAUGGCGGCAACUGGAUGUUAUAGCACCUUUUGAGUUGGUACUUGCAAAUGCAAGGCAACUGCGCGCUGAGAUAAGAUAUUUGGCUUCGACCUUACGCCCGCAUUACCCUAUGUGGACGCGACUUAGUGAUCGUGCUCUUUUGAUACACAGGGACAGGCUUAGACGAUGGAUUCUCGAAUUGGGUGAUAUUUAUUCCUCCUUCUCAGCGGAAUAUAGUCUCUAUUUGAGCAUCAACUGGUUACGCUUGGAGCUGGAAGACAAACUUCAUACCCUCGGAGUGCCUGAUAGGGCCAGAGAGCAAGGACUCUUUAGAGUUCCCCAGCCGUUGAGCCAGGAUCUGACACGUUUUCAUGAGUGGGCUAAUAAGAUGGGUGCUUCAUUUAUUGAAACUUGGAUGUGUGUGUCUGCUAUCCAGAAACAAGCAGCCUUUUGGAUUAAGGCAGACGAAAAGCGUUCCUCCUUGACGGAGGAGCGCGUUCGAAAGCUGUUAUUGCCGGGUUCUCCUAAUAUUCUGAAUCUGGGCUCGACAACGAUUUAUCACGAGCCUGAGAGAUCGGUUCGUCGCUUACGUGCUAAAUACCGACGGACUAAACUUUCUGGGAUGAACAAUUCUCGGAACGGUAAACGAGGAACCAAGAGCACACUUCCAGUCACUUCUUCAAGCCACAAAGGCCCUACUGGAUUCUCUGAGCGUCGCAUACUAGGGCGACGAGUAUUGAGGAUCGAACGCAAGGACACCAGCAGGGAGGUUGAAGAAACUCGCAAAAGCAGCAAAGCGCCUCUUGCGCCAAAAUACGGGAAUGAUGAAUCCACACUGAAACACUCUGAUUAUACAACCAGCAAAACGCCCGGUACUACGAAGUUAUCCACCAAACUGCAAGGCUCUCAGCGGUCAAAAACGGCAAGCAGUAACCUAAACAGAAGCAUUACUUCCCAUCAGACUCCCUCUUCAGGAUCCAAGAAAUUCAAUACUACCGCUACCCACAAUUCAAGGGCCUCUCAGAGACCUUACAGCACAUAUCUACCUCGUCGGUCAAUCGGUUGCCUUACAGGCAGGGAUUCUCUUGGCAAUCUUAGGAGUAAAUCGCCAGAAACUAUAUCUGUUGAUGCAUGUGAUCGUAUGAAUAGUUUUGAACAUUUCGAACUCGGGGUACCCAUGCAGCAGCCUUUUCGUGGACCAAGUCCCUCUGCGGAUCAGGCACAACCGACAAGGUUUUGGGGUCCUAAUGUUAGAGGGCCGGAUUGCAAGCACGCCGUCAUUCACUAUUGCCAAACACUUGAAAGUGCAGAAACAGUGGCCCAAUAUUUCCUCGAGAACGAGACCAUCGGUUUCGACAUCGAAUGGAAGCCUCAGGCUUCCGUCAGAGACAGCAUCCAAGAUAACGUCUCCCUCAUCCAGGUUGCAAAUGAAGAGCGAAUAGCUAUCUUUCACCUAGCCCUUUUCAGACCCGCAAGAAUUGUUGAUGAUUUGGUCCCUCCUUCUCUGCGGAGACUUCUCGAGUCACCAAGGAUUAUGAAAGUCGGGGUGUGCAUCAAGGCAGAUUCUACACGGCUGCGCAAGUACCUGAACAUAGAUGCGCACGGACUUUUCGAGCUCAGCCAUCUGUACAAGUUAGUCAAGUACCGCCAGUCCAAACCGGAACUGAUUGACAAACGGCCAGUCAGGCUGAGCCUGCAGGCAGAGGAAUACUUGGGAGCGCCGCUAUAUAAAGGCGAUGACUUGAGGUGUAGUGACUGGACUAGUGCUCUAAGUCAUCAGCAAAUUCAAUACGCAGCUGCGGAUCCUUAUGCAUGUUUUUCAUUGUUCAAUAUCAUGGACAGCAAACGAAAAUCAAUGGCUCCCACGCCUCCUAGACCAGCCUAUGCUGAACUGAACCUACCAAUUCGCCUUGAUCCUAAUGUGACUACUGGCAUUCCAUUUUAACUGGAUAUAUUGACUCUAUCAUCAGGAGGCCUCUGGAAAUAUGACUUUAUGCAUUUAUGGGCCUUUUGCAUCUCUAUCAUUAUGUAUUGCAUGGGUUAUUGGCGUUGUUUAUGGCAAUGGAUUGUGAUCUAAACUUCCUCGCUUAUACCUCACUUUCAGUGCAUAUAUAUUCCCUCCGUCAUACUCUUCUGUUCCUGUUCAUAUAUAUAGUCGUAAAAAAUGUAUUUGGCAGUCAUGUUGAAAUAUGGGCAUUCUAGUCUGC